ACACCAACAAACCGCGAGCCGCGCGCGCGGUCGGCGGAUUUGCGAAUCGCGAAAACAAAACAGCUGGCCGAUCGUCAAAGCUCGUUCAUAACCGAGUUGACCACGGAUCGAAACGGACGUGUUUUCGCGUUCGGUCUCGCGGUGUUUUUGGUGUGCGUUGUGUAGUGGAGUGGGGUGUGUGCUACCUGUACAUAAUUUACCUGUGCUGAUAAAUAGAAAAUAAUCCACCAACAACCGGCGCCGCCAGUGCGAAUGCGAAGGGCAGUGUAUGCAACGAAAACAAUAAACGGUUGUGUUUCUCUCAUUGUGGGCGGUCGAAGCAGUGUGUGGAAGGCGAAGAAAAAGUAACUAAUGGUUUUAGUGUUUGUUGUUCUCUGUAGUGUGAUUUGUGAUAAGACGGCCGAUCGAUGGCACGACGGUAGAAAGAUAUAAAAAUCAUUCAAUCACGGCGGGGUGUUUACCUACAUAAUCUUUGUACGGUUUUCUCGGCGUUCCGGUAAGGAAGUGAAACGGCGAAGGUGGUCCGGUUUUGUAGCCGGCGACGAUUGUUUUGGCUGGCAAGUUUGCGAGGAGUGAUUUCGCGUUGAGAUGGAAACGAGAAGACAUGGAAGUGCGGUGUUGUGACACUGACAAAACAGUUUCUGUUUUCCUUUGUGCAAGAGAAGGUGCAAUAUUUUAAUUGAAAAUUACUUCGCUAGGUAUUGUUUGGCUAUUGAAAGCAUUGGUGUCUGCGUUACCACGAAGAAGAAGCAAAACGUGAAUGUGAUAAAAAUUUUGAAAAGAAAAGAUCUAUGAUUGCAUUGCAAAAGCAGAAGAAUCUGGCAGAGUGCUGUUUUAUGCUUCGAAGCGUUUAUUUUUAGAAGACAACUCAUCCAUCUGUAAAAUAGGCACGAUUUAACAUGAAUCGGAAACACAACACCAUUUUCGACGUCCUUCAUCUGUAGCGGACCUGGAAACAUUCGGUGUAUAACGAGGUGUGCAUUGUUUAUUAUUUCUUCAUUUUCCAGUUGGAGAGCUAUACGAUAUGAUCGAGAAUGAGUGCAAAACUAGUUAACCUAUUGAAUGUGAAUAAUUCUCUUUCGAAUAGUACCAAAGCUCGUAGUUUAUAGUGCGGUUGCAAACGCGAGUAAUAAGUGUGUUGCGUAAAGUGUCUUUGCGUAAAAUUGUGAAGGUUAUCAGUAGUUUAGUAGAAAAAAUAAAAAUGAAAACAAACACAAAAUGUAAAUCGUGAAACGCGUCUUGAACUCCAAAUGGAUUGAAUUUCUGCUCGAGAAAGUCCAGUUCUUCAGUUUCGGACCGCGUUCGCCGGACAUUGACACAAAAUGGCCAAUUACUUCGUCUGUUUGGUGGUGCAGCGACUGAUACUACCGAUCAUCAUGGCAAUAUGUUGCCUGAUGAGGCCGGUAGGACUGUCGCUGCCGUAUUUGCUCUUCCUAUUCGGCUUACCCUUUGUGCCAGUAGCCACUGCAAGGAGUAUAAAAGGUUCCACAGGGAUUUAUUUUAAGCUCUACAUAGUUAUCAGCAUAUUGCUGUUACUGGGUCAUAUAGCGUUUCAAAUUGUGUUGAUUGCACUAGGCGAUCAGCUGAUAGAGUCGUGCCAAUUUCUGGAGGUUCUGCUUCGCCACAUUGGGUUGGUCAAGUUCAAAGACCUGGAUGCCGCAGUAGUCACGUAUUGGAUUUCGCCGGAGAUCAUCAUGUGUCUCACGGCGAUAGUAGUGUAUGUGAUAUUGAAGAAGCUAGGCGACGAAAACAUGGUAGGAGCGGAACAGCAGGCAUCCACCACUCCGAGCUCACUGGAAGCACCGGACGUAAUCUCGCUGAGAGCUGAUCCGAACCCAGUCAGUAGAGAGAAGCUUGCGUUUCUCACCAAACUCGGAGUUCUGCUCAGCGUUGCAAUGCUCUUGUUGGCAGCAGUCCUACAACCCUCUGUUCCCAGUGGGAUCUAUUUUGUAAUAUUUUUAGGAUCUACCACAUGGUGGGCUUGUUAUAAGGAAUUGGACAGAGCGUUUGGCGUAGUUUUAAGGAUAACAUUAGUGUUUUUAAUUGUUCACAUCAUCGGCUUCCUUGGGUAUCAGAAUCCGUGGCCCCAGCAGUUGCUACCGGCGAACGAAACGAUCGCCCGCAUUUUUGCACUGACGCCAAUUAUGUCCUCUAGCUGUGACAAUUUGACCGAUAUCCGGUACGUGUACUUCAACAGUGAUCUAGGCUCCGAUUACUACCUCAAUCCGGUUGUUCUGAUGCUGUGUUACUAUUGUAUAUCAAUCACAUCAUCGCUACUUAUGAGACCAAGAAUGACGGAAAAGGAACUCAAACGCCAGGAACUUUUCUACCAGCUCGAAAGUGGGGUUCGCCUCCAGCGUCAGAUUUCUUUCCGCAUGCAGCGGAAGAAUAUUCUUCGCAAGACGCUGACCAGCGAUCGGUGGCGGGGAGCGGCCCGCAAAGUGAAAAACGUAGCAUCGUCGAGUCGGUCCUACCGUCAACAGCCAUCACCAGCCAAAACGAGGAGUCGCGUCCGUAAGCUCGGCGUUCCUUCGUCGCCUUCUGCCAUGUCCGAUGUUCCGGACGAAAGGACACCUCUGAUGCGUGGAGGGACCCGAAGGGUACGAGAUGCUUCCACUACUGAUGCUCAGAAUUCCAUGCCGAAUGAUAGUAUAGCCAUGCAAACUAUCGAAGAGGAAGAUACGACCAGCUUUUUCGAGCAGAUCAUGCUGGCCACCGGUAAUGUGGCCACUUUUAUUUACAAAAACAGCUACAUUUUCACGAAUGUCAUCAUGAUGACGUGGAGUAUCAUGUUUCACAGUUGGUUAACCUUUGUGCUGCUGAUCUGGGCCAACCUAAUCUGGAUCAUGCCGAAUCAGCGCAAAAACAUGCUUAACUCCAGUCCAUUCCUAGUUAUAUAUGCGGAACUUCUGCUACUAGCACAGUACCUGUACGGAAUGAAACUCACAGACGAUGAGCUGCCGUCCACCGUCAAUAUCACCGGAAUCAACCUGGCUCAGAUUGGGUUCAUCAAGUAUAGAGAUUACCCAUGCUCCCCACUGCUGUUCAAAUCGCUGUUCACCACCAUGUUCUGGAUUUCGCUACGUCAGAUGAUUCAGGAACGACAAAAUGAACGACGAACAUCCACCAUUGCCGACAUGGCGGCCCCAUUGCAGGUAACGAUUGGUGCCGCUUCGACAGUCGGUUCCACUCCAGGACAGCCGCUGGAGAAGAAAUCCUCGGCAUUCAUUACGCGAGCUGGCACACUGAUCAACUCGUUCCUCAUCAAGUUCUGGAUCUGGGUGGUGGCGAUUACGCUGUUUUUAUCGGGCAUGACGGGUCUUCGCAUGACCGGAUUCCGGAUAGUUUACAUGGCACUAUUUUUGAUAUUCGUUCUCACAUUCCAAUUCUCAUUCAAAGUCUGGCGCAAAAUGAUGUACACAUUUUGGUUAACGGUGAUCGUCUACUCCAUGGCAAUUCUAGUUCUAGUCUACACUUAUCAGUUUGACAAAUUCCCCCUCUAUUGGACUGAGUAUCUCCAUAUAUCGGAUACCUUACAAAAAGAUAUCGGAUUAGAAACAUACGAGACUAAGCAGCUCUUCCUUCAUCUUGUCAACCCAACCAUGAUAGUCAUAAUCACUGUGAUUCAACUCCACUAUUGCCACAAGAAAUUUCAGGAAAUUUCAGAAAUCCCCAUCGUACAAGACAAUGACAUCCCUGUUAUUUCGGAAACCAGUUCCGCCUACGGUACCUUCUCAAGGCGGAAAAAGCUUAGUAGUACUACCGAUGCGCCACCUCUGGAGAAAGAUUCUGAGGCGGCAGACACUAUUGAUGAAAGCGACAACAGGCCCAAAAUGGAUGGCAUCGCAGAAGACACUAACUCAGAAAUACUGGAAGAACUUCGCUUCCGGAAGCUCUCAAAACAUGAAAUCAAAGGAGUUGCUCAAAAACUCAUCAACCGAAUCUCGAAGUUGGCGGAAAUAGUGUGGUUGUUCUUCGAAAUCCAUCUGCUGAAGAUCAUUUUGAUAGUGGCCUUUUCGCUCAGUGUAAAGACAAUCUCUCUCCUCCACUUGAUGUACGUGAUCAUGACGGUGUUCGCAGUCAAGUCCCACACGAAUUCGUUGGUGUUGAUAACCCGGAUAAUGUCGUUAAUAUCGUCGAUUUUGUUGAUCACGACCAUGAUCUACCAGGUGGAUUACAUCAACGAAGCGAACUACGUCAGCAGUUGCCCCAACAUCGAUAUGAACAAAACAGACUGGGAAAUGAACAACGCCAAGUGGAUAGGCUUCCAGAAAACAACCGGAGUCAACGGUUUGGCUGAUUUGGUGCUACCGUACUUGAUCUACAUCAUUGUGGUAACGAUACACGCCGUUGUGGUGCUGAGGCAAACUAUUCGUAGGAUACGACUGGGACAGUCGCCUCGGACUCCACAUUUGAUGUUCCCAAAUGUAACGCGUUUCGACGCCGACAAGGACAUUCCGCAUAUGUUGAAAUUCCUGUUCAAUUAUGGUUUCUACAAGUUUGGAGUGGAGAUAACGCUGGUCUCCCUGGUAGUAGUGAUCGCAUCUAGAAUGGAUAUCUUUUCUUGCUUCUACGCUGUCUGGACAUGCGUUAUGUUCCACAUGGACAGAGACAGAUUACGAAGAGUGUGGCGAAUACUGACGUGGUGCAUUGUUGCGUUAAUUCCUGUGCAGUACAUUAUUUACAUUGGACUUCCACCCAUACUUUGCGUAGAUUAUCCUUGGGAUAUACCAUUUCUGGAUCACUUCCGUGUAUGGGCCAUGUUGCCGGAGAAUUCGACAAUGUUCCGUGCACAGGCUGGUAAGGUUGUGGCGGAUUUCCUUCUGCUGAUGUUCCUCUGCCGUCAGACGCUGGUGUUCCGGAUUGAAACGAGAUACUCCUCGUGUCCGGACGAUUUCGGCGGAGGCAGCAAUCAAUCGGUGCUGGAGGACAUUGACCGCCUUGGGACGGUUCCGUUCAUCAAUCCAACUCCUGAUUUCAUCGCAAAGGUUCGGAAUUGGUUGGAUGUGCUGAAGCGGGGUGCCUUUUUGGUGUUCUUCUGGUUUACCUUGGCUAUUGUGUUUUUGACCGGAACCAGUCGAGUGACAUUGUUCUCCAUCGGCUAUCUGAUUGGUUCGUUUACUUUCCUCUGGCAAGGCACGGAUUUCUAUUUGAGACCAAUCAAGGCUAUUUUGAAAUCCUGGAACAUGCUCAUCGGCUACAAUGUGUUUGUCAUCACAACGAAAACCUUACUUCAAAUGCUGGGAUGCCUGUAUCUGAGGCAGCUGACGACCAACAAUUGUUGGCUGGUGCAGUUGCUGGGAAUCUCGUGUUUGUCUUCACAUGAUAAUACACCUGUUCCGGACCCCGAGGACCCAGAUGCCAAUGCAGUCACCUGCAAUGUGCCGUACAACGACUCCGGAUUGUUUUGGGAUGGUGUGUGCUUCGCCUUCCUGUUGCUGCAACGGCGCAUAUUCUCCAGCCACUAUUUCUGUCACAUCAUCAAUGAGACGAAAGCGAGCACCAUUUUAGCUUCAAGAGGCGCUGAGUUAAUCGAAGAACUUCGCAUCAAGGACGUGAAAUUGGAAGCCGAACGGGAAAGCCAAAUCCUUCAGAAGAUCAAAAUGAAGAUGGAUCGCAUUAAAGCCACCCAGCAGAAAAUCCUGGAGUCAGUCCAGGAGCCAUCGACCCACGCCAAAGACGAUCAGCGUACGGCACACACUCAUAGCUUGUCGUCAUAUGCAGGAUAUCACACACCUAUCGAGGACGAAAUCGCAGGUGGUUCGUUGAUAAUCGAGGGUGAGGGAAUUUCGGAAAUUCCUUCGGAUAAUGGAGGGCUAACUGUUGGACGAGGAUCUUACCAUACGCAGGCACCCUCACCUAGUUCAGCUUUGAUGACUGUCUCACUGGAUGCGUAUCUAGAUCCACAACGAAUGUCUUUUGAAUCACCUAAUGAUAUGUUAGCUAGGGUUGGCAGUCCGGAUGAUACAUUCCCGGUAUUUUCCCCACCACCAUUUGAGAAGGAACAACCACCACCACCACCACCUGCCACAUUUGCUGUUAACACUUUAAUGCCUCCGAGUAAGACUGCCAUGCAAAUCCGUCAACACAGGCGACAAUCCAGUCUGAAUACCGUAUCCUGGCCUAAUCCUAACGAAUUAACCGUUAGUCCAAGGCAACGUCGUCUUUCAAAUAAUCUUACACCGGCAGAAGAUACACCGGACCAAAUACCAUCGCCUCGUUCACCACGUUCCCCACGGCCUUUCAUUCGUCAGCAUCGGCGACAGUCCAGCAUUGGAACUUCAUUGGCUCCUGACGAACUAACCCUAGAUGCCAAUCGCCGACGGUCCAGCUUCUUGGUGUCACUUUUCGUAGACGACGACACAACUCGAUACGACGAUGUAACACAUACCGGAAUGAGUCGAAGGCGCUCGCGCGCGCGCAGUUUCUGGGGUCCAGUCGGAGAAUCGGCAUUACGCGAAUCGAUCCGUUCUGCGAUAUCCCGUUCACCGGUUUCCCAUCACGAGUAUACCCAACGACACCCGUCCAGAUUCUGGCGCAAAAUUUCGGAGAACAGAGCAGCCGCAAUUCGCUCCGGAGACUACUACAUGUUCGAAGACACGGAACACGAAUUCGAGCUAGAUCUAAUGCAACCGGGUGGAUCGGAUGAGGAGUUCGAAAAGAAAGGAGCCGAACGACGACUCAGUCGCCGUCACAUGACCUUAGGAAAGCUGAUAGCGAAAAUCAAAGAGCAAAACGAACAAGAAUCCUCGGAAUCCAGACAGGACGACGGUGUAACGACCGGAGCUGAAGAGGAACGUACCUCUUCGGGGGCGGCGACCAUUGGUCCGCCAGACGGUAAAGAUGCGGCCAGGAGUACCUCGUCGCCCGUAUUGCGUCGCACGUCCUCAGCACGGGAGCGAGUACCCGCCGGCACCGGAACAGCAGGCCGAUCCGGGACUGCGGACCGUUCAGCCAUUUCCGAACCAAUUCCACGCCAUACUCAUUUUAGCACGAGAAGACGGAAAAGCAAAGUAGAAACCGAUGAACCGGAUGGGCAGCAACCGAGCACUAGCCGUGAACCUCCACGGCCGCAAUCUUCUACGGACGAGGAAGCACGUCUGAUCAGCGACGAUGAAGAUGACGACGCCGAAGAAUUCGAGGUGAAAAAAUCGAAAUUCUCGUUCUCUGGUUUCAAUCUAGUAACGGCGUUCCUGGCGGGAGCUAUUGGUUCACUCACGCUACGGCUUCACCGCGUUUCGCGGAGCUAUCGAUACGUGAUGAAGGUUUUGGCGAAGGAGAAAAAGAUAUUGAAGGGAACUCCUGGUUUUGGAGCUGGUAUGCGAACUGGUUCAAGCAUGGUAUGGACUCCCAUACAGGGAUCGGUUCGAUCCGGAAGUAGCUCGAACACCGGUUCACGGUCCGGUGCUAGUACCAGUAGUGUAAAGUCCCGUGCCGGAACUCCGGUGCUUGGUAGUAUUGCUAUAUCCCGUAGUUCCCUAGAGCAUAGUAGAACCCCGUUGCCCACGGUAGCGCUUUCGGUUGAUCAGCAAACGCGCGAACAACAGCAGCAGUCUCCACCACCAACAGCGUCAACUAAACCACCCUCACCAACACCAUCACAACAACCAGCGUCAUUACCUCCAUUCCUACCAUCUGCUUCCGGUGUACCCCCAGUUGUCAGCUUUAUCCGCGGCCUAGAACAGACUACAUCCCUUACCAUUCACGGUGAACAGUACACUGCGGAAGAAGGUCGGUUACACCAAGUAAGUGGACUGGGAGCCGCACUGGCGAUGAUGGCUCGCAAGGAACCUCCAGCUUCAAGGGAAGAAUCCUGUAGAAGCUUUCUGCCCGAGAUUCUCAUACUGGCUCCUUCGCUGGAACGCGGAUUAGACGAAGGGGUCCCGUACAAAUUUGUCUCCAGUCAUACACUGGACAGUAAAUCGACGGACACCAUGGAAGUGGUCGAGCAAACUCAAGAGGAAGAAGGAUCGGAGGAAGAUUUCACCAGUCAACAGCAUUCGGUGAUUGUGGAGUUUCUACAGGCCGCGUGGUAUGCUGUGCUGUCUCACACAGAUUUCAUCUGUUACUUUUUGGUGUUUUUGAAUCAGAUAAAAUCGGCCAGUUUGCUGUCGCUGCCAUUGCCACUGAUGGUGACCCUCUGGGGUACGCUAACAUUCCCUCGGCCAUCCAAGAACUUCUGGGUCACGCUUAUUGCUUAUACACAAACGGUGGUGAUUCUGAAAUGCGUUUGUCAAUUUGAGAUGCUUUGGUGGAAUCAGAAUCCUAUUCCACCAAAUCAACCCUUCAGUCCGGCGAGGAUUAUCGGAAUCGAACAGAAAAAAGGCUAUGCCACGUAUGACCUAGCGUUGUUGUUGGUACUGUUCUGUCACAGGUUUAUCCUCAAAUCAUUAGGCCUGUGGAAGUCGGACUUUGUCGAAGAACCGGAACCAGCCGAAGGGUUAUACAAGCUGGACACGAGUGAUGAGAAAACCAAAGCGUUGCUGAAAGCUGCAGAAGAAGUUGACAGGGACCAAGAAGCAGUAAUCAUUCGCCAGGAACCGUCCACCGAGCUCAGUAUGGUAAAAGUGGAAGAAGGAGUUGGUCAUGGUCCAGAUGACGCCCCUAACGGGAACGGAGCAGCAUUGGUUUGCGUAACGCAUCACUCCGAAGAAUCUGGAGACUAUUUCCCCCAAAUUGUGAAGCACUCGUUCCAAAAGUACACCGAAUCGGUGAAAUCGUUCUUCAGUCAACUGUUGGAUCGUCAAUCGCGAAAAACGGCCGACGUUUAUGGUUAUCUGUUUUUAUGUGAUUUUAUAAACUUCUUCGUCAUAUUAUUCGGAUUCUCUGCUUUUGGGACCCAGGAAGGAGACGGCGGCGUGAUGUCCUACUUCGAAGAGAACAAAGUGCCAAUGACAUUUUUGCUAAUGCUGAUAAUCCAGUUCUUCCUGAUUGUAGUCGAUCGUGCCCUGUAUCUGCGGAAGUACAUAGUGGGGAAGAUUCUGUUUCAGUUCUUCCUGAUCAUUGGGCUGCAUAUUUGGAUGUUCUUUGUGCUGCCGGGCACUACGGAGCGAAGCUUCAAUGCGACCAAUCCGCCGGUUUAUUACUACCUCAUAAAAUGCUUCUAUUUGCUGUUUUCAGCCUAUCAGAUCCGAUGUGGCUAUCCGGCGAGAAUUCUGGGGAAUUUUGUUACCAAAGGAUUCUCUAUGCUUAACUUCACCGGGUACAAGCUGUUUAUGACAAUCCCGUUCUUGUUCGAACUGCGAACGCUGAUGGACUGGAUAUGGACGGAUACGUCGAUGACUUUGUUCGAUUGGCUCAAGAUGGAGGACAUUUUUGCAAAUGUAUAUCAAUUGAAGUGUAUGAGGCAGCUGGAAGAGGAUAUACCCGCACCUAGCGGACAGAAGAAAGGCUCACUAUCCAAGUAUCUCAUGGGAGGAGGAAUGAUGUUCAGUAUUAUCUUGUUGAUUUGGUUCCCAUUGGCGCUGUUCGCUUUCAGUAAUGCAGUGGGCGAACCAAAUCUGCCGUACGAUGUAUCUGUGACGUUGAGAAUAGGCCCGUACGAACCGGUGUAUGUCAUGUCUGCUCAGGAUAGUAAUAUUCAUGGUCUAAACGAUGCUCAAUGGGAAAAGUUCAUGCUGCCAUAUGCCAAGGAUAAGACGGCACUAACAUUUUUGUCUAACUACGAACCUGUGGAUGUGGCGGCGGUGAAACUUGGCGCAAAUUCUACCUCAAUUUGGAACAUUUCUCCACCGGAUAAGGCACGGUUGCUAAAUGAUCUAAACACCACAGCAACGCUGACGUGUCGCUUCCGAUACACGAUCAGUCGUAAAUCACAUUCCAAAGAAAAUCCAGGAAUAGUAUCGGAAGAGAAAUCCUACGAGCUUGGGCCAAAUAAUCCCGCUCGACCAAUUUUGGUUCAGAUGUUGUCAACCGACUCCAACAUAUCUGUAGCGCUGCCGUAUAUGAUGCCAAAGUUUUUAAAGGUGAAAAAUAGCGGCAAUAUUCGUCCGAUCCACCAAUUGAUCAAAGCAGCUUACACGGAUGACAGCGAGGAAAAUUAUCGCAACUUGACACUCCGGUUGUUCCAAACCCACAGCAACAACAGCAUCCCAUUGUUCUGGUGGGAAGUCAGAGAGAACUGCAGCGACCCAACGUACGCCACGUUCGCCAACAUGCCAUACGCAGACUGCUUAUCUCACCUAGUGAUGUACAUGUUUAAUGACAAAAUUUUCCCCAGUACUAUCAGCUCCAUCGCGGCCGGAGGCAUUAUUGGUAUCUACUCCACGUUGAUUCUCGUGUUCUCGCGGAUGCUCAGGACCAGUAUCUUCUCCGGGGCAAGCUCAAAGAUUAUGUUCGAGGAUCUGCCGUACGUGGACCGAGUGCUGCAGCUUUGUUUGGAUAUCUAUCUGGUGCGGGAGUCGCUGGAGUUCACCCUCGAAGAGGAUCUGUUCGCCAAACUCAUCUUCCUGUACCGGUCACCGGAGACGAUGAUCAAAUGGACCCGCCCAAAGAACGAAGAAGGAGAUGACGAAAGCGACUCAAUUAGCAGCAGCUCCAAAUCACAGAAAAAGAACGAUUAGAUUUGUUCAGCGCACUUUGUGUUUCUCUGCUUCGCCGAUCGUGAUAUUAUUUUGUAAGGAAGAACUAUUUAUUACGAAAAAGAGCACUUAAUAACGAAAAACCUAGAUAAACACUGUUAAGUUUGAACUUCCCUACUUUUCGUAAGAAUCUUUUUGAGUCAUCAUUGCAUUUGAACUAUUAGAAAUUCGGAUAAACAUAUUUAACAUAAUUCAUUAGCUAUUAUUGGUAAGUGAUGCCAAAAUUUCGUAUUACAUUUGGACUUGGAGAGAAAUAUGUACCAAUUUGAAUUUUGCUAUACGAAAGCGCCUUCUUCCCAUACAAUAGGUAAAACACAUAAAUUAGGAAUAAAAUUUGCGAAAAUAAAUAAAAAUCCGUCGCGUUGUUAUUCUAGUCGGAAGAUAAUCAUUUGAAUAAAGUGUUUGUGAAAUCUCGUGCAGCAUUUUCAUUAGAAUCUAACUACGUUUCAUAUCAAAUUCGGUCAAAACAUCGUGUUUAUAGUCUGUUAGGAAUCUGUUAGGCACAACGAUUUAUCUUAGAACCAUCCGUGACAAAGUUUUUCGAGUGUAUGUUUGCGAAAUAAAUGCCUUUUGGAAGUCUCAGUGAGCAUGCACUAAAAUGUGCAUGUGGAUAACGAGUGAUGAAACUUAUAGCGAUAUAUUUUUAAAACUACUUUGGAAAUAAAAGCAAUUUGUACUUUGA